AUGCGUACUAAUUUAUUUAUUUCAAGUACUGGUGCACACGCAGUAAUGCGUUGGAUACCUGGAGCAUCUUCAGAUGUUCUUAUAGCUGGUAUAUCUGGUACAUCAGGUUUUAAUGCGACUCUCGUAAACAAUCCAGCAAGCGUUAAAGUGGAUACGUUUAUGAAAUUUUAUGUUGCUGAUUGUAAUAAUGGAAGAAUACAAAUGCUUUGUUCGAAUAAUAGCCCAGGUGAAAACGACCAUAUCGGAUCCUGUCGGACGGGUAUCAAAUCCUUUGUCUCACGGACGAUCGGAUUCGAUCGGUUACUAUUGAGCGGAUUCCGAUCAAAUCUUAUAUUUUUCUUCGAUAUCCGUCCAUCGGAUACGUUGAGUUCCGACAAAAUUCACACAUUCCGAACCGGUCGGAUCCUGUCGCAGGAUUCGACUAGCUCCGAUCGGACUCAGCCUUAUCCGAUGCCAGGAAAAGAGCAGAAUUCCCUGUUUCACAUGAUACCGCGUUCCAUCAUAAUACCAAGCAAUUGCUGCCAUCGGAAUCGGUCGGAUAUAUAUGGAUUCCCUUUAUCGAUUUUUGUAUUUUCAUGCAUUAUGGUUCCGACAGAUAUCGGCCACUGCUAUAUGUCGGAAAUGAGCAGAAACCGACUCAUAACCAUCAGCAUGAUGGCUGUAAUCAGCUUGAUCGAAAAUACAAUGCCUGAUAGCUCCGUUUGA